AAAAAAAAACGAGCCAAUCCCCAAAAGUUCCAGUCACCUGCUGGCAUCGGUGAUCAGUCAGCUCACAUCGCAAUGCGAGCUCUGCUCCGGAUCCACUCGCCCGCGGUCAUCUCCACCGCAUCCUUCCUCCACACCUACUCAACCGCCGCCUCCAAGAUCCUAGCCCCGAGCCCCACCUUCGUCCCGCUCCGGCUCAUCCGCCGCUUCGCGGCCAUGGCCGCCACCGCCGCGGACGAGUUCGUGAAGGGCCGCGUCUUCCCCAACGGCGUCGCCGUCAUCACGCUCGAUCGCCCCAAGGCCCUCAACGCCAUGAACGUCGAAAUGGAUGUUAGAUACAAGGCACUUCUUGAUGAAUGGGAAGCAAAUCCAAGUGUCAAGUGUAUUCUUGUGGAAAGCAGCUCUUCUCGUGCCUUCUCAGCAGGGAUGGAUAUUAAGGGGGUUGCUGCGGAAAUACAAAAGGACAAAAGUGGGGAUGUGAAGAGACUUGCUAACGAUUGCACCAUGCCAGAGAUAAUAGAGGUCUUCACAGCAGAGUACUCCUUGAUUUGUAAGAUACAUGAGUAUGCAAAACCUUAUAUAUGCUUGAUGGAUGGAGUGACAAUGGGAUUUGGAAUUGGGCUAUCAGGGCAUGGCCGCUACCGCAUUAUUACUGAGAGGACACUCCUAGCCAUGCCUGAGAAUGCUAUUGGCCUGUUCCCAGAUGUUGGUUUUGCUUACAUUGGUGCAAAAGCCCCAGGAGGGGGCGCAGUUGGAGCUUACCUUGGGAUUACUGGAAAAAGGAUAUCAUCACCUGCUGAUGCUAUGUUUAUAGGCCUUGGUACUCAUUAUGUACCUUCUGCAAAUUUGGGUUCACUCAAGGAAUCCCUCCUGAGUGCUAACUUCACCCAUGAUCCUCAUAGAGAUGUUGAGUCAGUUCUGACAGGAUACAAGAAAGAACCAGAGUCUGAAUCACAACUAGAAAAGCUUUUGCCAUAUAUCAUUUCUUCUUUCAGUCCUGAUAAAUCAGUAGCUGAAUCUGUGGAAGAGCUAAAGAAAUGUAGUCGAAGUGGUGAUGCUGCAGUGGCAGAAUGGGCCAAUGAAGCUUUAGCAGGAAUUGAGAAAGGUGCUCCAUUUUCUCUUUGUUUAACACAGAAGCAUUUCUCUCAAGUGGCAUCAGCGUACAGGACUAGUGAACACUAUUUAUCUAAGCUCGCUGGUGUUAUGAAAUUGGAAUACCGCAUUGCCUUGAGGUCGUCGGUUAGAAAUGAUUUUGUUGAAGGCGUACGUGCUGUUUUAGUUGACAAGGACCAGAAUCCGAAGUGGAAUCCAGCCACUCUGGAAGAAGUAAACAUGGGCGAGGUUGAAUCUGUUUUUGAGCCAUUAGGUGCUGAGGCUGAGUUGAGUGUGUGAACUUUCCAUGGCCUGCCACUAUCUGAACAUCAGUUUUCUUAUUGGUGGUGCAAUAAUAAUCUACAAAACAGAAAUGUGAUGCCCACAGAACGAACAAUUACUGUUUCUAAAUAAACUAACUGAAGUGGUUCCAUUUUCUUGAAAGGGCACAUGAAAAUCUAGGUCUGUUGCCUGCUCUUUUGUCUCCAAUAUGGUUCCCCUGUUUCCGCUGGGAUAUUCCAGCCAUGGUACCAGGAGUGACUCGACUAAAUGCUCUAGAAGUGUGUGUGUCACGGGUAGAGCUUUGUGUUACAUGUAGUUUGAUGUGAGUAGUGUAAUAAUAACUGGGUACGAAAACCAUGGUUUCGCCAGCAAAAAGGCGUGUUUAGAACAAGUGUACAACAGACGUGCUCAGGUAUCAUAUGAAUAUAUUGCAAAUGCUACAAGAAA